AUGUACAACAACCACACCCCAAUCUCACCCAGCUCAUCAUCAUCAGCCUGCCAUCCAUCCUCAUCAAACACUCAUGCCACCUCACUACCAUCUGCAAACUCAACCAACCCAAACCAACAGCAACAAACUCAAAUGUAUCAUCAACAACAACAACCACAGCAAUAUCAACAACAACAACCACAGCAUUACUCCCCCUCCUUCGACCAUACUAAUCCAAUCGGAAUCACCCCUCAACUCACUCAGUCAGCACCCGAGGUCACUACCCUACCUACCAUCCUCAUCACCUACAAACACCCCGGCUCAUCCAAUUCUCGCUCCGUCAAAGCUCGCAUCGAUCGGAACGUACCACUCGACGAAGUCAUCCGUCAGCUCUGUAGAUCCACCCAACUCGCUCUCGAUGACCCCGCUGAGAUGUUCUGUCUAAGAGAUGCCUCGAAUAACGAACUCAUCACCCCUGAUAACGUCUUCAGCAAGAUCGAGAAUGGAAUGAGCUCGUUAAAACUGGUCAAAUCACCCACUAUCGAAGCAAGAGAUAUCGCAGAGAAACUCGCCUCCGUGAACAUCACCGAAUCCAAUCAAGCUCAACAUAAUCAGGACCAUCUCAAAGCAAUCAAACUACCACUCUUCAGUUUGAAGGACUAUCUAAGGGAACCUGAAUUUUCAAGUGAAUUUCAAGAGAGAGGCGGAUCUCGUGAAUUAUUACGACUAUGCAAGACUUCAACCGGUAACACCUUGGCAUAUGCACUGUCUGCUUUGAAAGAGACGAUGGGAGCCCAUCCUAGCCGACCGUUUGGUAAAUCUGGUGAUCAGUACGCACCCAUCAACGUCCUCAGACCCACCACUGCGAUCCUCAAAGUUAUCGCACACGAUUCAUCUGCCUCGCCCCGACUAGCCUUUGGUGCGAUCUGUGGGGUGAUCGAGGCGGCUGGGGAGAAGGAGGAUCUGUUUGGCUUACUGGCCCGUCGGAUUGGAUCGGGGUCUACCUCCGACUUCAGUCUCUCUCAAGUCAGUUUUGCACUCGUCAACGCAUUGAUGCGUGCAGCCCUCUGGGAAGACGCCCGACAGGACUACGUGGGUUGGUUUAUGGAGCGUAUGGAACGCGCCGGAAUACGCAGGGCGGUCUUGAGGCUUGGUGAGGGGCGGGCAGACGAAGCGUUUGAUGAGGUCGAAUCGGAUAUCCUCACCUUCCAAAGAAAUCUAGUCCUCAUGAACCGGCGACUGAUCCGAACGACCGUCAACUCGGAAGUCCCAGAACACGUCGAACAGCUCAUGGAGAUGGCCAGUCGGGCUCGUGACCUCGAUGCUCGUCACAACGACACCAGGGAGGAGGGAGAUGAAGAGCGGACUGGAGAAGAUGAACUGGAGGCUCGUAAAUGGAAAACUCUUGGCUUCGAUUCGGCUAAUCUACUCGAUGAUUUCGAGAAAGUCGGCGUCUUGGGACUCAAGUUAAUGUACAGAUUCAUGAAUACUCGCUCAGUUGAAUUCGACAAAUUUAUUGCAGAACAAUUGCUCAAGCCUGAUGGUCGAAGAUGCCCGCUUGCAAAAGCAUCAAACAAGUGUACAGAAAUCCUCAUCGACCUUUACGAGUGGAAUGUAGCAGAUGCACAAGCUGAUCAACUGAUCACAGUCUUCAAGCCAUUCAUGCUCAACUACCCCAAGUUACACCAUUUGGCAUUAGAUUUCUUCAAGUUAAUGUGGAAUGAAUCUGGCGCAACGACGCAUGAUUUCGAAAGGGUUGGAGUCUUGGUCCGCAGUCAUCUGAGAAACGCUCUGAGAAAUCACGAAGACUCUAAAGGAUCCGUCAAAACCAGUUGGAUGAAUUUGGUCAGAGAAUUUGAGAACGGUGAAUACAUGAAGGUUCGUGAUCGUCAGAUGCAAGAGUUAGCCAUGGAAGAUAGUAUGUGGAAUAAAACUCCAGUCAGGAAUCUGAGAGGAAAGCUGUAUCAAAACGCAUUCGAAUUUGUCAAAACACAGAGGAUCAAUACUCUACUAGCAGGAUGUUGGUUCCCACAUUAUCCGGAACGAAUCCUCCCGGCGAACUCGAACCAUGGGAACAGUGGAUCCAAGUUAGGGUUUUCGGUCCCCAGCUUACGAGCUCAUUCUCAAUUCAAUAAUUCGAAAAAUAGUAACGGGUUACUUGAUCCCAAUCAUAAUAUCGUCCCCAGAUGGAGGUUCUAUCGCUUGGCUCCUAAUAAAAAACAUUUACAUUAUUUCGAAACUCCGCAGCCUGUUCCGGUUUCAAGUGGAGUUGAGGAAUUACCCGAUCGGAUUGAUGUGUCAUUGAUCACGUCGGUUCUGAGUGGAUCAGGGACGAACAACAACUUGAAGCAGCAGCAGCAGCAUCAACAACAACAACAACAACAACAAGUGCGAGAUGGCAGUCAAGAGAACAGCCACUUUGAUCGGCGGCCGUCCUUAACACGCCGGAUGAGCAGCGCCUCCUCGGCGAGUACGAGCGACAGUUUUGUGAUGUUGGCCAACGACAGUCAUUCAAAGAAGAGUGGACAACAGCAAGGAUACCAAAGCCAUCAGGCAAAUAUCUCGCUCAUGAAUGGCGACCACCUUCUCCUCCGUCUCUUCCCCUCUAACUCGCAUAUCUAUAGCGAAUGGUUCGACGGCCUCAACCUCAUCAAAUCUCUCACCAACCAAACCCCCUACCAACCCAUCGAAGAUCACAACCAUAACGCUCAUGAGCUCCCGUCCAAUCUCGCCGCUGCUCAGAACCAUAACAAUAGUCUGAUCAAAAACGCUCAUGCAAAUCCAAACUUGCAGCACCAACACUUCUCGUCGGCCGUCGAGGGUACAAUGACCACCCAGGAAACUGCCGAGUUGGUCUACAGCUUGACCCAGAUCGGGACGAUGAUCAAGUUGUUGGACUUGACCGGCGAACGGGUUGAUGUUCCUAAUCAAUUGAACGUCCCGCCUGUCCCGUUAAGUAGUAAUUUCUUUUACGCUAGUGAAGGCCAAAUCUUUUGA